AUUUCGUACCGCGUCGAACUUUUCACCGCGAUUAUUCAACUGGUCUGGCUUUUAAAAUUCCCGCUCCGUCGGUGUUUCGUUACGUAACCGUUUGGUGUGCUUUGAUAAAUUUGAAAGUUCGUGCGAUGCUCUAAGUGACACCUCAUUUCCUUCUCAAUGCCUCAGAUGCCGCAAAAAACUCCUUUUCGCCUGUCGUGUGACGCUAUUUAACCCCGAUUUGGAUACUUUAGGGCCAUAUCGGCGACGUUCCCUUUGAAAGUGCUGUUGGAUGGACCACAAAGAAUCACUUUUCAGCAGCUACUAGCCCUUGGCCACCCACAAUCAGGCAUUCUAGAUAUAGUGAUGAUGGCACUAUGGACCAGGACGUAGACGGAGAUGGUGCUAUUAACCUGUCGACGUCACAAAGACCUUCAGCAGCCACGACCCCAAACGAUAGCGUGCAUCACGAGGAUGUUGAGCAACAGGCUGCCUCCUUAGAAAAGGUUUUGAAAGAACAACAGCAGCAGAUCGAAAUAGAGAGGGGUUGGGACCAGGACAGAGAAAGGGACAUCAAAGGUAAUGGAAGCACCAGCCCAAAUUCGGAACACAGGGUGCAGGAGCAUUCUCCUACACCUUCGACCGACGCGCAGAAAAAUCUCAGCGCCACUAUCCCACCCAUUCCACAGAAUGAUGCAACGAAGUUAACUAACGAAUAUCCCUACAAUCAGUCACAAACUCCGGGGCCUCAAAUAAUGUCAACACAGGCAUCCAAUCUCCAUCACAUGCAGCAACUUCUACAACAACAUGUGCUGAGUCCCACACAAUUACAAACACUAAUGAAACAGCAUUCGAUAUUACAACAGCAGCAACACCAGCAACACCAGUUGGCAGAAUUAGGAAAGAAACAGAUCGAGCAGACCAUGCAGCAGCUGCAAGAGCAACUGCAAUUGAAUCUAAUCCAACAGACACAUAUCCUGCAAAGUACGGAUAAGAAGAAAGCUUCCGGAUCCUUGCAACAACUAGCUCUUCAACAGCAGCAACUUAUACAACAACUACAGAUGGUUCAGAGACAAUACGUCGUCCAUCAGGGAAUUGGUAUGCAACCCCUAAUGAUGGCACAAAGUCAAGGUCUGAACUCUAGGGAAGUGAUGAGCCCCUGGAAGGAGUUGAACGACCAGCACGUGGUCAACAACAAACCUCCUCCAGAACUGAACGAAAACUCUCCGGGUUUACUAGGUUUAGCGCCUAGUAGAUCUAGUAGAGAUGAACCCUUAGACGAGAAACCUGAGAGGACCACAACUCCUGACAGGGUUCAUCAUCUCUACGGACAUGGCGUGUGCAAGUGGCCAGGAUGUGAAAUCAUCUGUGAAGAUCUACAAGCAUUUAUAAAGCAUUUAAACACGGAACACACACUAGACGACAGAUCGACUGCUCAAGCCCGAGUCCAGAUGCAAGUCGUAUCCCAAUUAGAACUACAGCUACAAAAGGAAAGGGAUCGCCUCCAAGCGAUGAUGCAUCAUCUUCAUCUAUCUAAACAAAUGGGGUCGCCAGAUCCCCACAAAGACGCGUCAGGAGUGUCUUCGGGGAAAAUGCCCGUCUCCGCGUCCUUACCCCAACCCCCCGUUUCGAUGGGUCCCAUGGUUUCCGCUGUGAGGUCACCAGUUCUUCAUUCGCCGGCACCAAACGUAGCCGGACCCAUUCGGAGAAGGUUGAGCGAUAAGUCUGCGCUGUCUUUGGCCGGGGAGAUCCAAAGGAAUAGGGAAUUCUACAAGAAUGCUGAUGUAAGGCCCCCUUUUACUUACGCGUCUUUAAUCCGUCAGUCGAUUAUAGAGUCACCUGAUAAACAGCUAACUUUGAACGAAAUAUACAAUUGGUUCCAAAACACGUUUUGCUAUUUUAGAAGGAAUGCUGCUACUUGGAAGAACGCAGUGCGACACAACCUGUCUCUCCACAAAUGUUUCAUGCGCGUGGAGAAUGUUAAGGGGGCCGUUUGGACAGUGGACGAAGUGGAGUUCUACAAGAGGCGGCCGCAGCGUUGCUCAUCGGGCCCGUUGGCCCAACCAGUCGUCGGGGGCGCCACAUCAAAAAGUCCGACUAUGAAUCACAGCCCCACAUUGUAUGGCGACCAUAUACCCACCAACGUGCAGUUCAUGCAGGCCUCUUUAAUGGAGGAAAACAAUUUGUCCUUUUUGACGAACUCGGCCCUGUUAGCCAACAGACCUAGAGACAGAUCUGAAUCCCCACCACACGAGCAUCAUAUAAGGUCGCCAAUGAACGGGGGUCUCCACGUUAAGCAGGAGAUUAUGAAUCAAGAUCACCACAUCACUAGAGAGCCGGAUCAAAUGCACCACGUGAUAAAACGGGAAAUGAUCUCAGAAUACGACGAUCUAGAUCACGAUCAGCAUACGGAGAACGUAGCAGAGGAUCUUACAAUAGCAUCGGAUCACACGGAGUCAAACAUUUUAGACGCAUAGUGACAGUGCUAGUGAACGGUUAAAAAAAAAACAAUAGAAUGCUCGAAUCCGUACUCUCGUUUAUAAAACGCAAAAAAGAAGUAAGCUGAAUCCUGGAUUGAUUAGACUAUUUAGUCGAGUAAUGUUGCUAGGUUCAAUAAAUGACUGUUUCAUUUUGUAAAUUUCGUGUGUUGUGUGUACAUAUGGAAAAAGUUAGCGAAUGAGAGUGUACUGUUAUUGUUUAGACAUGAGGGUGUCGAAUGUUGUAUAAUCAGAAUAGAUCUUGGUUUCUUUAUUAAUACAGGGUUAUUUGUUAUGGUGGACUAAAACUUGGCAAAGCCAAAGAUUAACAUAGACAUUAAAGUUAUCGCACCAUCAGUUUAUUUAGCAUAUCAGUUGCUAUGUGCGCGCUAUAGAACGAGAAUGGUGCGACAAAUAUGCCAAAUUGCACAAUGUGCUCCUAUUAUUUGUGUUUAAAAGUAUCGUUGCGCUCAUAUAGUGAUGUAAAAUAAGCAAUAUUGUAAAUUAUUAUCGUUGAGCAUCCGUGCUAUUAUAUUCUAUCUUUAUGAGGAAUAUUUAAUUCCAUAUCAUUAUCUAAAAUAAAAUCAUAUAUCAAUGUAUAAAUAGUAGAUACGUUUUCGUAUACAUAAUACAUACAGCUAAUUUCGAAAUAUUCGCUCACUUCAGUCUGUACUUACACUAUUUAUUUAUGUUCACGUCAUUUUUUUUGUUAAGACCGUUCACAGUAACUCCAUUCCUUGCAGAGGAAUCCGCAAUCCGAGUAUACGAUAUGCUCAAAUUCUCGCUUGCCACAUUCAGAACAAAGGAAACCGAAAGUUUAUUUAUAUCAGUCAUGCAAAAUGAAGAAAGGAUAUUAUCUACAGAAAUUGUAAGAAAGUACAUAUAGAAAGUAAAAAGUGCUACACUUUUGAUUGGUCAAAAAAUAUACAGGGUGCUUUCUAAAUCUAUCUCGGAGAUUGUUCAAAAAUCCUCAUUGAACUAUGAAUCUGAUUUUUAAGAUACAGGGUAUUCAAAUAUCUCUAAAGAUGCUUGAAUUGAAUUAAAUUAAUGAAAGUUGGAUAUCAUUGAUUAAAGCAUAUUUAUAAUAACCCCGUAAUUCGGACGUUGCUGAGUUUUCUGUAAAUUGGAUAAGUGUAUUUGAGUUUUAAAAUUAUUUCUAAGUAAAAAGGUACCUGACAUUUUAUUCGAAAAAUGGACGGUCUUUAAGAUAUUACUUUUUAAACACAACCAUCAAAAGUCCAAAAAAUCAUUGAUGUAGAAAUACAUAUAAAUUUAAGGCAAUAAUUUGUUUGGGUUUUAAUUUUUUUUAAUUUUAAUAUAUUUUAGGAGAUAUUCGAAUAAAUGAUAUUUUUUAACACUCUCAACAUCUCGAAAACCAGCGGUUUUAGGUAUUUGGUCCACUGGAGCUUUUUAAUCUAAAACGAUACAAGGAACAACGUUUUGAAGUUGGAACCUAGAAAACACCCCGUAUAUGUUCUGUUUUUUGUGCCCGGUAAGAUAUAAUACUGAUAUAUGAUACAUUUUCCAUUUCUGAAGGGUGCGUGCUGUGAGCGAAACGUCUUAACGCGCCAUUUUUUAAUGUUUCUGCCAUCAGAGUUGCCAAAUACAUUCGCGUACAUGUGAUAGUACCUUAGUUCAGAUUUAUUAACUAUAUCUAGAAGUUUUAGAUAGAUUAAGCGUGGCAUUGGCAUUGCAUGAAAAUAUGUUUCCCAUUUUAAAUUUUGUUUCAGCCUAGGUGCCAAACUGACAGUACAUAAUUAUUACAUUUUGGUAAUGACUAUUGAAAUAAACAGUAAUCAUGGCGUUUCUUUUAACUUAAAAUUUCUACUUUGAUAAUAAUGAAUACAUUUCUAUAGUGUGUUAAUUUCUUAUGUCACCCUGCAAGCAACUUUUUGUUUGAAUAUUUUGUUUGGGUGCAAUGAAACAUUAUAUCUUGUUUGUAUCUGUCAGUUGACAUCUUGGCUAUUUACCGAGUUGAAACGAGUCAAGCGAGUGUGGAUAGGACCACACGUAUUUAAAUAUUAAUUAUUUAUAACAUAGGUUACUACAUAUCAAAAGUAGAAUAACGAUACGGCGUUACAAGUUAGUGUUUGGCCGUAACUAGGUCUAGAUCUAAAAAUAAAACAGCGUUACAGCUCGCAAUCCCUUUUCAUCUCGGUUUUUGCAAAUAAACCAUCACUAUCUUCAUGUAAAAUUGUACUGUACGAUAUUUCUGGUAUAUCAAUUUCUCAUUUGUUUAAAGAAAAUAUAAAAAUAACAAUA